AUGUGGGAGAGGAUGAGCCCCCCUCACAGCCCCCCAGCCACACACCCUCUCAGCCCCCCAGCCUCACACCCUCUCAGCCCCCCAGCCUCACACCCUCUCAGCCCCCAGCCUCACACCCUCUCAGCCCCCAGCCUCACACCCUCUCAGCCCCCAGCCUCACACCCUCUCAGCCCCCAGCCUCACACCCUCUCAGCCCCCCAGCCUCACACCCUCUCAGCCCCCAGCCUCACACCCUCUCAGCCCCCAGCCUCACACCCUCACAGCCCCCAGCCUCACACCCUCACAGCCCCCAGCCUCACACCCUCUCAGCCCCCAGCCUCACACCCUCACAGCCCCCAGCCUCACACCCUCUCAGCCCCCAGCCUCACACCCUCACAGCCCCCAGCCUCACACCCUCUCAGCCCCCCAGUCUCACACCCCCUCAGCCCCCAGCCUCACACCCUCUCAGCCCCCAGCCUCACACCCUCUCAGCCCCCAGCCUCACACCCUCUCAGCCCCCCAGCCUCACACCCUCACAGCCCCCAGCCUCACACCCUCAUACCUCACACCCUCUCAGCCCCCAGCCUCUCAGCCCCCCAGCCUCACACCCCCUCAGCCCCCCAGCCUCACACCCCCUCAGUCCCCCAGCCUCACACCCUCACAGCCCCCCAGCCUCUCAGCCCCCAGGCUCACACCCUCUCAGCCCCCAGCCUCACACCCUCUCAGCCCCCAGCCUCACACCCUCUCAGCCCCCCAGCCUCACACCCUCAUAGCCCCCCAGCCUCACACCCUCAUAGCCCCCAGCCUCACACCCUCUCAGCCCCCAGCCUCACACCCUCUCAGCCCCCCAGCCUCUCAGCCCCCAGCCUCACACCCCCUCAGCCCCCCAGCCUCACACCCCCUCAGUCCCCCAGCCUCACACCCUCACAGCCCCCAGCCUCACACCCUCACAGCCCCCAGCCUCACACCCUCUCAGCCCCCCAGCCUCACAGCCCCCAGCCUCACACCCUCUCAGCCCCCAGCCUCACACCCCCCACCCCCAGCCUCACACCCUCUCAGCCCCCAGCCUCACACCCUCACAGCCCCCAGCCUCACAGCCCCCAGCCUCACACCCUCUCAGCCCCCAGCCUCACACCCUCACAGCCCCCAGCCUCACACCCUCACAGCCCCCAGCCUCACACCCUCACAGCCCCCCAGCCUCACACCCUCACAGCCCCCAGCCUCACACCCUCACAGCCCCCAGCCUCACACCCUCUCAGCCCCCCAGCCACACACCCUCACAGCCCCCAGCCUCACACCCUCACAGCCCCCAGCCUCACACCCUCACAGCCCCCAGCCUCACACCCUCACAGCCCCCAGCCUCACACCCUCACAGCCCCCAGCCUCACACCCUCUCAGCCCCCCAGCCUCACACCCUCUCAGCCCCCAGCCUCACACCCUCACAGCCCCCAGCCUCACACCCUCUCAGCCCCCCAGCCUCACACCCUCUCAGCCCCCCAGCCUCACACCCUCUCAGCCCCCCAGCCUCACACCCUCACAGCCCCCAGCCUCACACCCUCUCAGCCCCCCAGCCUCACACCCUCUCAGCCCCCCAGCCUCACACCCCCCCAGCCUCACACCCUCUCACCCACAGUCACAUAA